UUCAGUUCCUCAGUUCUACAUUUUUGCAGAGGUGGAAACACAGCUCUUGAGUGUUUUGCUUAUUUUGUUUGUAGGUAUUGCUAAAAGAGUUGAGAUAACUUUUUAUUUGACCGUGUGUAACUAUGGAAUAGCAUUAACAAGUAAACUAGAGAAGAAUGUAGCAAGUUAGAUAUCUCUUUAUUUUAGAGAGAGAAAAGAUGGAAACAUCAUUGGCUUUUUUUCCUCAAUUAAAUAUGUGUGAAUCAAAAGAAAAAACUUUUUUCAAGUUAAUACAUGGUUCAGCAAAGGAAGAAACAAGCAAAGAAGCCAAAAUCAGAGCUAAGGAAAAAAGAAAUAGGCUAAGUCUUCUGGUGCAGAAAGCUGAGUUUCAUGAAGAGACCAACUCCAGUAGAUCUGGGCACCUGGCCAAAGAAACAAGAGUCUCCCCUGAAGAAGCAAUGAAAUGGGGUGAAUCAUUUGACAAACUGCUUUCCCACAGAGAUGGACUGGAGGCUUUUACUAGAUUUCUUAAGACUGAAUUCAGUGAGGAAAACAUUGAAUUUUGGAUAGCCUGUGAAGAUUUCAAGAAAAGCAAGGAACCACAACAAAUUAUUCUUAAAGCAAAAGCAAUAUAUGAGAAAUUUAUACAGAACGAUGCUCCACAAGAGGUUAACCUUGAUUUUCACACCAAAGAAGUCAUUGCUAAGAGUAUAACCCGACCCGCCCUCCACAGUUUUGAUGCUGCACAAAGCAGAGUGUAUCAGCUCAUGGAACAAGACAGUUAUACACGUUUUCUGAAAUCUGACAUCUAUUUAGACUUGAUAGAAGGAAGACCUCAAAGACCCACAAAUCUUAGGAGACGAUCACGCUCAUUUACCUACAAUGAAUUCCAAGAUGUAAAAUCAGAUGUUGCCAUUUGGUUAUAGAGAAAAUUUAUUUUUCUCAUUUUGAUGACAAACUUGUACACCUGUUUCUAAGAUACAGCAUGUUUAUGUUAAGGAAAAGUCACCUUUUAAGAUAAAUAUGUCAUGUGUAAGGAUUUUUAGAAUGUAAACCCAAACUAUUUGCUAACAAAA